AAUUGCUAGCUCACACCAGCAUUACCCCGAGGAAACAAAGAAACCAAAACUAGCAGCUGAAGAUUUUAGGAUUUGGGAGGAACAUGUGGCAGCUAAAGACCAACUCAUGCCUAUGUCUUUGGAACAAGAAGCAACAUUUUCAAAUGACAAGACAGAAAUGGAGAUUCAAAUGGAGGAUAUAUUUGAGGAGGCACUAAUAGAUAUUGACAGUGAUGAUGCAAAGAACCCACUUGCAGUUGUUGACUAUGUGAAUGAUCUGUACCCCAACUACAGAAAAAUGGAGGGUUAUAGCUGUGUUUCACCAAACUAUAUGACACAACAGUUUGAUAUCAAUGAAAGGAUGAGAGCUAUAUUAGUAGACUGGCUCAUUGAGGUACAUCACAAGUUUGAGCUCAGGGAAGAGACGUUAUUCUUGACCGUUAAUUCGAUAGACAGAUUUUUGGAGAAGCAAACAGUUGCAAGAAAGAAGUUGCAGCUUGUUGGGCUGGUUGCUAUGCUAUUAGCAUGCAAAUAUGAAGAGGUCUCUGUCCCAGUAGUGGAUGAUUUGGUGAUUAUUUCGGACAACGCCUAUAGGAGGAAAGAGGUUCUUGAAAUGGAAACAUUAAUGCUCAAUACACUGCAGUUUAAUAUGUCAGUUCCAACUGCGUAUGUUUUUAUGAGAAGAUUUCUCAAGGCUGCUCAAGCUGAUAAAAAGCUUGAGGUCCUGUCCUUUUUCUUAAUCGAGCUUUGCCUCGUGGAAUAUGAAAUGCUUAAGUUUCCACCAUCUUUCAUGGCUGCUGCGGUAGUCUAUACAGCUCAGUGCACGCUUUAUGGUGUCAAGCAAUGGAAUAAAACCUGUGAAUGGCAUACAAGUUACUCAGAAGAUCAACUUCUGGAGUGCUCAAGAUCGAUCGUGAGCUACCACCGAAAGGCAGCAACAGGGAAACUAACAGGAGUACAUAGGAAGUAUAGCACAUCUAAAUAUGGCUACGCAGCAAAAUAUGAGCCAGCACUUUUUCUGGUGCAGAUCCAAUAACAGAAGGGGGCAUUUGUUGAGGUUUUAUUUUAAGAUGUAAUAUUCUUAAAAUGAGGGUGAAUGGGAA